AAAAAGUAUGAAACUUCUGAGAAUAAAUUAAAAGAACCUCAAUCUCUUAUCCCUACGAAUUCCUCCCGAAAUAUCAGAAGACCUCGCUCGGCGUGGACACCAGAGGAAGAUGAAGCAUUGUUUAACGCUAUUAAUUCAGUGUUGGCUGGUCAAUGGAAAGAUGUUUGCGCAAAAAGUCCUUUGCUAAAAGCACGUGGUACAAGUAUGACGUCUCAAAGAUUCAAGACAAAGAUUCGAUACUUUGUUGGUGGUUCUGCGGAAAGAGGAAAGAAGUAG